AUGGGCAUAUCAAUAAGUGAAGAUUUUUGCUUAUACACUUUGCAAUUCGUCGAAGACCAGGUUAUUUGCGCCGGAGACAAAGAUGACUUGGAAUAUAUGACACGAAAACUUAAAGAGGAAUACCAAGUUUGGGGACUGGAAACUAAAUAUCUCUGCAUUGGAUCGGAUCAGACAGCAAUAAAACUGGAUAAUGAAUACGUACAAACAUGUAGCGAAUACGAAUACCUAGGCGUUACUUUUGAUAAAUCCGGGAAAGACGGCAACGAAAUAAGUUCGAGAAUAGUCAAGGCCAGAAAUGCAAUAAAAUGUCUGAAUAAUAUACUCUGGAGUAACGAAAUAGGUAAAGACAGAAAACUAAGGAUUUAUGAUGCGAUAAUCAAGAGCAAUUUGUUAUUUUGGGCGGAAACAUGGAGGUUAACGGAGAAUAACAAAAGAAAAUUACUGGCGGUAGAAAUGGACGCGAUAAGGAGAUCAGCACGAACAUCAAAGCUGGAUGGAGUACGAAAAGAGACAAUCAGGGAUAAAAUGGGUAGACAGAAAACUAUAGUAGAGGAAAUAGAGAGUGCCCAACUGAAGUGGUAUGGACAUGUGAGAAGGAUGGACAACACGCGACUGCCUCAGAAGGUACUAAACUGGCUUCCACAAAAGAGAAGGAAACGGGAAAGGCCAAGGACAAACUGGAUGGAUGGUGUCAAGAAGGCGAUGAGCUCAAGGGAUCUGCGUGACGGACACUGGAAUGAAAGAAACCAAUGGCGACUAGCAAUUGCAUCGCACAACGUCGAAGGACGUUUUAAAAGCGAUACUUAUAUAUGA